UUUAUCGCCGAAAGGAGCGCCGGGUUGGGCGUGUGUGGCCGUGUGCUACCGUCGCCGCUUUGGGAAGGUUCUUUGCGUGCGCGCUCGGUAUCCGUCUCUCUGCACUCCUGGAUUCGUCCACCUCACUGUGCUGUGCAACGCUUCCGAGCCGAUUGUGCGAUCCGCUUGCUGCGGUGCAACGUCGGGCUCGCGCGCGCUCGGGCGCGGGCGAAUUUGCACGCUCGUUUCGCGGGGCCGGCUGUGGCGAUGCCGUCGUCGGCGAGUGCGCGUCGGUGUCGACGGCGGCGCGCGAGCCGGAGCUGCCGCGCCGGCUUUGGCCGCCAUGCGUGAUGCGUUCACGGUGCUCGUCUAGGACCCACCGUCGUCGGCCGAUGGACGCGUGCGUCGGGAUUCCCACGUGAGUGUCGACACCCAUGGGGAUCAGCCGCGGCUCUGAGCGCUGGACGCCGCCGGCCGACGUGCGACCCAGACUACCGGUGCUACUGCGCAACCGCCGCCAAUCGUGCUGCUGCUGCCGCCGCUACGGCUACCGGUUUUCGGCGUCGUCGCCCGUGAUUCUCUUCUUGGUGGCUUCGGCGCUCCCGCUGCUGGCCGGGUCCGACGCGAACGGCACGGAGGCAAUAGCCAACGAUGUCCGGAACUGGGCGUGGCGUUUUGGUACCGAGAUCUCCAACCAGAGUCUAUUUGCGUCGAAUUUCACCGAGAUUAAAGAGAACUUCGAAGAGUUCAAGGCGAAGCCUCACCACAAGGACAUCGCGCAGCUGACAGAGAAGAUUCUUAGGGACCUGGGCAACCUAGUGAGCUCCAAAACGGAAUCUCUUAAGGUUUUGAUACAAGAAGCCGAGAAAAAUGCCAAAGACCACAAGUACAGCACAGACAUCGACUUUCGCUACUUCAACGCCAAGAAGCUGUACCGUCCCAACAAGAUGCCCAAGCUGUCCGAGGACGAGGACCCGGACGACUGGAUGCCCAUGGAGAUGCACCAGGACCGGCGCUUUGAUGACGCCGACGUCAACUUCACCUACAGCGCCAUUCACGUGGCGACCAACAUAUACUACAAGUCUGCGUCGGUGCUCAACGCCGUCAAGUGGUCGGAGGGGAUGAACUCCCGCUUUAAGAACAACCGCGUCGUCGACCCGUUCAUAGCCUGGCAGUUCUUCUGCAGCAGCACUGGGUUCAUCAGGCUCUUCCCUGCCCGGAAGUGGCCUGACGACGACCCCGACAUGUACGAGUGCCGCACAAGGCCAUGGUACGUGCAGGCCGCGGCCUCGGCCAAGGACGUGGUCAUCCUGCUCGACGGCAGCGGGUCCAUGAUGGGGCUGCGCAAGGAGAUCGCGCGCAACGUCAUCGUCAACAUCCUCGACACGCUCACCGAGAACGACUACGUCAGCAUUCUCAGGUUCUCCAACGUGAUCGAACCCGUUGUGAGCUGCUUCCAUUACAACUUGGUGCAGGCCAACGCCAGAAACGUCAGGGAAUUCAAGGAAAAUCUCAGCAAACUGGAAACGGUGAACAUCGCCAACUUCACCGCAGCCUUAAAACAGGCUUUCGAGAUGCUGCAACAUUACAACAAGUCGCGGCUUGGCAGUCAAUGCAAUCAAGCCAUCAUGCUCGUCACGGACGGCGCUCCCUACACCUACGAGGAGAUCUUCAGGCACUACAACUGGCCAAACAUCCCGGUUCGUGUCUUCACCUAUCUCAUCGGUCGAGAGGUGACCGACACCCGGGAAAUGAAUUGGAUGGCCUGCGCCAACAGAGGUUACUACACUCACGUGACGACGCUAGCGGAAGUUCGGGAGCAAGUACUGAAAUACGUGCCCGUCAUGAGCCGCCCCAUGGUGCUGUCCCGGAGGCAUCCUAUCGUCUGGACUCCCGUCUACGGCGACAUGACGGAGCCGAAGCUGACCGACUGGCUGUGGGAGGAGCGCGAGAAGGCGCAGGUCCGCAAGCUGAUCCUGCAGCAGCGGCUGUUCCGCAAGAAGGACCCCGAGCCCUCGUACUACGGCGACGGGGACGCGCUUCUCGUGAGCGAGGACACCUCGGCCGAAUACGUGGCCGCCGACCAGCCCGACGCGUCGACCCUGAGGCGUCACGCCCGCUCCUCCUCGCAGGCCGAGGCCCUGCGAAGGCCGCCCAAGAAAAAAUAUCCGCCGCUCUACACCACAGUUGCGGCCCCUGUGUACAACACCAGCAACGACACUGCUGGAACCGCCAACCUGCUCGGCGUCGUCGGUAUCGAUGUGCCGCUGCGGGAAUUCCAGAAGGUCGCCCAUCCUUUCAAGCUCGGCGUCAACUCCUACUCAUUUAUGAUCAACAAGAACGGCCACAUCCUGUUCCAUCCGGACCAUCGCCCCAUGUACAAAGACAUGCUCAAGCCUUACUACAGUAAUGUGGAUCUCCUCGAAGUGGAGCUACUUGACAACGAAACCGCCGACCGCCUCUUCAACCACGUAUUUGCCGAGAUUCGUAAAAACAUGAUCGACGGCAGAAGAGGGUGGAUGGAGUUUUUGCCCAUGAGAGUGCACCUCGACGACAUGAAACGGGUUGUGACCAGACGCCACAACUACCAGUACGGCGCCGUACCGAACAGCUCGUUCUCGUUCGGCAUAGCUGUGCCGCAGCCGUACGGCUCCACCGAAAUCCUGGGCGAGGUGCAGGUUCAAUCAAGGGAAGAGGACUGGAGGAAGUACUUCGAAGGAGAAAACUGGAGGGUUCAUCCCGAUUGGGAAUACUGCGUGGACAUCCACAGCACGUACGACACGCCCGAAACGAUAAUCAAAGAUUUCCUCGAACGCGUCAUGAAAGAACCCUCCGAAACAGCGGAGCGCUACAAGUGGAAGCCGGACUCUAAGAGGCAGUUCUACAACACCAUGGUCUGUGACAAGGACCUUGUCCAGAGCCUGGUGUUCGAUGCCAAGGUGACCAGUCCGGAGAAGAUCAUGGCCCGCCAACCUUCCAAGCAGCUCUACUCCCAUGUUUCAAACCCACUUCAUAGGCUACUGGCCUUAUUGCCCAGAGACACGACUUUCAAGAGCAACGGCAUCGUGAUGACUUUUGUUGCAACGAGGAGCGGUUUGCUGCGGUUCACGGACCACCGUAGCGAAGAGGAGAAGAACAGCAACUCCGAAAGACCAUUCUACGAGCUUCACACCCGUGCUAUCGACGAGCUGUUCUAUCGACGCGCAGUCGACUUUCACCAGAUCAGCAACACCUCCUUCAUAUACUCAGUUCCGUUCGACGCCGGUACCCGGUACGCGGCCAACGACAACAGCCCCGUCUACGUGACCGGUAGCCGCGCGGUGUUUCUCGGCACGGAGAAGAAGGCCCCGGCGGCCGUCGUCGGACUGCAGAUCAAGCACUCGGUCUUCGAGGAGAAGUUCCUCAACAUUUCGUCCAAGUGCGAGAACCAGAAGCCCUGCUUGUACACCUGCGGAAACGAGGCUUUGGACUGUUUCCUGUUAGACAACAACGGCUUCGUCAUCGUAUCGAGCAAUCGCAGUCAAGUAGGAAAAUUUUUCGGUGAGAUAGACGACACACUAUUCCUGUCAAUGGUCAAGUACAACGUUUACAAGAGGGUGAGAAUAUAUGACUACCAAGCUAUUUGCAAGGACAAGAUAACACCGUCUGGACCGGCGAACUUUCGCACAAGUCCAUUCCAUGCACUGUGGAACGUACUUGCCUGGGUCUGGAAGAAACUCGUCGUGUUGGUGAUGCACUUUGAGGUCUACAACGUGUUCAGCCUAGAGUGGAUCGUCACAUCAAGUGACUACGACUACGGCGACUACGCGGCCGACGACGCGCCGCCCAUCCCUAGCAAGACGCGGGCGCGUCCCUGCGACAUGGAGAUCGAGCUGUUCGAGAUGCAGCCCAUGGAGCCGGAGCCCAUCAAGGGCAAGCUGUCCAAGUGCAGCGACCGCAGCUGCGACAAGCAGUUCAUCGUGCAGCCGGUGCCCUCCAGCAACCUGGUCAUGCUGGCCGUGUUCACCGACUGCAACUGCACCAGCACGCCUGCACCGCUGGCACAGCGCGAGGUGGUUCCCGACGAGGCCAUCUUCUGCAACCAGAGCAGCCUGCCGCGACAGAGGCCCGACGUCUGCAUCAACUACCAUGCCGAGGAGGCCGAACUGAAAAGGCAAUGUGGCCGCGCCAGCGCAUCGCAGACCGCUUCACUUGCUCUUCUGCUCGCCGCCAUACUUCUCGCGAAAUCCUCGUCCUGCUUUUGGGUUUGAAAGGCUUCGCACGCCGCCGCUGCCGCUGCCGCCGCCGCCAACAUAGUCGCCACCGCUGAUUGGAGCAAGUGAAAAAAAAAAAAGCACGAGCACGACACUGCUUCCAUGUGGACGCACAAAAGAAACUGCGCAGAAGGAAACCGAAGCUCGCAACAGACGACGUGACAACCUCUAUGCCGCUGCGACUGCCCUUUUGUCUGUGUGUGUGCGCGUUUCGAAUCUCUGUCGCUUCGAAACGUUUGGGUGCGCUUUCCUCUGAGGGCGGCGCGUUUAACCCGACUACAUGCAACGAUGGACAUGCCACGGUAUGACAUUUUCUAGCUACACGUGCUUCUUUGCAUACAGCGAUUUGUCGCAGAAGCCGCACCAUUUUUGCAUCGCCACGAUGUGACGCACACGUCCGCCUGAUACAAGUUUGCUUCCUUCAUCCCGAGUUGCCCGCCUAGAUGGGAAGACGCCUUCGAAAAAGAAAGGAUAAAACUCGGCGUCGAUUCCGUUACCGCCACGCUGCAAGUGCGAAAGCCUACUAAACUCUCCUCCAAAUCUGAGAGCGGUUCUACGACCGCCGCAACUUUAAGCCUCGAGAAGCGCGGCUGCAAUAUAAGCACGAGUGCUACUGCCAGCUUUGAGCCGUCGCUUCGGUACACCGACCUGAGUUUCUUUCAGAAAAGUGCCGAAAGUCAUUUUAUGGAGAAUAGAGCUCGACCUUGUGUCAUGGGCAGCUCCAGAUUCGUAGCUCCUAAAUGAAGAGCUGCAGAUACACAAAAAGUCAAAAGCGACAAGAGAAGCGCACUGAUGGUUGAUUUCUGUGAACGCCUACCUGCUAGUACGCUUAACUCAAGCGAGGAUGUUGUUGAAAGAUGUCAUGGUGUCGUUGCCCCCUGCUGAUUCUACCGAAGUAAGCGCAAGCAGUCGAGAUGGACCGAGGAGGAUCGUCUCACGUGACGGCUUGGGAAACCAGUCGAGUCUCGUAGAAAGAACUCGAUCAAGGCAUAUCAGUGUGCGUUCGGCCGACGCAAGCCAGUACCGUCAGACUCUUUCCCUUCAAGAAUCAAAACCGGACUACCCUUAGGAACGGUGGCUGUGACCUUUUUUUAUCUAGUCUGCCGCUCAUGUGGCACCAGUGAAAUGACUCCGAAUCGAUUGUUAUCUCUGUCUUCAGCACCCGCGGACUUCGCCCCCUGAAAAUGCACGUUGCGAUUUGAAACGCCAUCUGUGUCCCGGAUCACUGCUGAAUUCUUUCUCUUUUUUUUUCGUGCGUACGUGUGCCUGUGGUGUCGUCUUUAGCGGAUCAGUUCACUGUACAGGAUCGUGUGUUUGUGCGUGUCAGCUUCCCCUUUUAUCGUCGCCUGUUAGCGUAUAUGACCUCAAACUUACGUCGGUUUUCUCGCGCAACUCACGGAGUUUUUCUGUCGCUACUUUAGCGUUAUUUUAGUCCCUCUCGCCGCAUCAUGGUCGCGAAAGGUGAAGCAGCGAUUGUUGAAGUGUCGCUGUGGGUAUCGAUAGAUGGCACUUGCAACAUUUCGAUCAGAGGCGACCUCACUUUCAUACCAUGUAGCACUCUUCACUGCCUAGAGCCGGUACGAAAAACGCGGGAAAUGAAACUGCAAAAAAUAAGUUGCUCGCAUGUCGGCAUUCUCUCGCUUUAAUGCUGCCCCGAAUAUAGAUAGACGCGCCAGCAUGUUAGACUUAUACCAUAGCCCUGGAGAUCCGCGCGCAGCUCGUUCUCGAAGGUCGGUCUUAUGUCCGUAUUGUUUCAUCAUUCAAUGCUGCCCCGACUAGAGGCGCGAGCAUGUUAGCCUUAUACAAUGGCCCCGGAGAUCCGCGCGCAGCUCGAUCUAGGAAGUCAUGCUUAUUAUGCCCACAUUCUUUAUUCACUCUUCCAUUUGGCGGGCUACCUCAUUUUUGGAGUGGCAGACGGCGCUGCCACACGGUCCAAGGAGCCCCCUUACGGUUCGACGUCGUUCCUCUGCGAUUUGAUGGGCUGCUUGAGGAAGGCACUUGCGCUCCUGCUUCUUCGAGUGAGCGCUGAAGGUGCUGGAUAACGAAACCAUAGCUCAAGAAUCACCGAGGGGCCGACAUUGAAACCCUUAGUUGAGCGGCAGUGCUUUAAGAAUCCGGCGGUGUCGUAAACAAGAAAAACCCCGCUAAAUUGAGAGGCUAAGUGCCAGUUGUAUCUAUCAGUACGUUGAUGUGUUCUUCGAACACAGUUAGCUUCGUUGGCGCACACCGGUAUUCGUGGAAAUGACGGGCUACGUCACUGAAACCGCAUUUCUAAGGAAUGUGCAAGUUGUCACUUGUCAGUUCAUCGUAACCUUACAGCCGCGUACGACACGCUUGUGUCGGGACGCUCGGUCUGCGCAAGCUGAUAGCCUGUAAUUGAGAGAGAAACAAAAAGAAAGGCUAACAUGGUAGUCAUUUCCUUGCUGCCGCUUCUCGAGAAAUAUAAUUCCUGCUAUGGGAAAUUUCCAAUAAACACAAGUAGGCUCCAGGAGACCUUCA